UAAUAUAUGAAAAUAUUAAUUUGCAAUGACUGUUGUUCCGUUUGACAGAUGAAAGGUUGUUCUCUUAAAUUUUAUUUAUUUAUUUUUGGUGUGAGUUUAAGUAUACAAAUUAAUUUCAAAGCAAUUAAUUAUUACAUAAUUAAGGUGUUAUAAAACUAGUAAUCCGUUUGAUUUGUAGAGUAAGAUGCCAUCACUCCGGAUAGACCAAAGCGACUUGAAGUGCAAAAAUGGCUGUGACUAUUUCGGUAACCCACAGUGGCAAGGCUACUGUUCUAAAUGUCAUCGGGAACAACUUCAGCGACAGAGAAGAGCAGAGAAAGCAUCUUCAGCGACUCUCCCGAAGCCGGAACAGAAGAAGCCCGAGCGCGGGAUAAAGCUCGCCUCUCACUCGUCAUUUUCAAAAUUCGAAGAAAAACGUCUGAGGCAAAGCGAAACUCUUAAAAAAGCGAAUUUGUUGAAAUUUAGCGUCUUCAAAAAGAGUAACACUGAGGAACAUGAUCAUACACCGGAACGCAAACCGCCGGAAUUCAAAAUACCGGCAGUGAUCAAUGAGGGCAUGAAACGUGAGUUUCGGGUUCGAUUUUCGAACCUGCCCCCCCAAGUCGACCGUGACGCGAGAGUGUUCGUGCAUAGCUUCAUUAUGGAUGUGAUAAAGUGUUCCAAUGUGAUGACCGUUGACGAAUUGUCGGAGAGAGUGCAGAGGCAUUACCAGCAUUUCAUGAAGUACAUGGACACAUCGCCUCAUUUCGCGAACGCAGAGUCGGAGAUAAAGGAACUGCUGAUCGAUUUCGUGGAGAAGCACGCCAUGACAUACUUACACGACCUGCCAGGCGUAGUGUUCUCUCCGAUCGGUACGGAAGACGAGCGCCUGGACCGCGCCAUGUCGGAGCGCAUCCAGCAGCUCAGCUGGGUGGGGGAGAAGCACUUGGAGUGUAAGUUGGAUCGCACCGACAGCGCCUGCAGCCAACUGCUGUACAAGGCCAUCAGUGAGCUGCUGGCGGUGGACGGCGCGGCGGGCCCGGGCGGCAAGCUGUCGCGGGUGCGGCGCGCCUGCCGACACGUGCUGGCGCUUUGCGGCCCGACCGCCUCGGCCGACGACCUGCUGCCCGCGCUCAUCUUCACCGUACUGAAAGCGAAUCCUCCGCGUCUCGUCAGCAACAUCAACUUCGUGACACGUUUCUGUAACGCGCAGCGCCUGAUGACCGGCGAGGGAGGCUACUACUUCACUAACCUGUGUUGCGCAGUUUCCUUCAUAGAAAAUUUAACAGCCGAAUCUCUCAAUAUGGAUAAAAAAGAAUUCGAUUGCUACAUGGCGAUGCCCGCUUCCAUCGGCGGUAGUGCGUGGGCGGCGGCGCUGUCGCUGUGCGGCGCGGCGCGCGAGGCGGCCGAGCAGCGCGGCGCGGCGCGCGGGCUGCUCGCCGACGCGGCCGCGCUGCGCCGCCGCGCGCUGCAGCUCGCCGCCGACGCGGACUCCUUCGAGAAAGAAAUAGCGUUUAAAGUUACCGACGUGCUAGCCAACACACCUCUGGAAAUACGACCGCGUCGGGAACCACCGAGACUCAGUGCACUCCGAAAUUCAGGUAUCCCCUUAAUUGACCUCGAAACGCCGGUCGAUACUCCUGCGCCGAACAAACCUUCCGAAGACAUUCCACAGAUAAAAGUCCCAGAAAUAAUGCCUGUUGAAGAACCCGUCGCAGUCGCCUUCGAUAAGACGACCGAUGGUGAUGUCACACAGAAUGUUAUCGACUUCCAAUCCCCGGAGAAACCAUCACCUCCCAAGUCACCGCAAAACCAACCGUGGGAACUGAAACAGGUUGGCUCAUUCGAACUCCUCACACCGUCGCCACUUGGAUUCACAACUUUCGACUCAAGAUCUAUAGAUGAAUUGAUAACUCCAGAUGAAUUUGGUUCUGACCAUUUAGCACCUGGUUUAAGUAACAUAAAUUAUGAUAUAGAUUUGUCAGAUUUUAGCGGUGAUAAUAGCUUAGCAGAGGAUACACCCAAGGAACCGAAAGACCCAUUCAGUCCAGAUGGGAUUAAGAAAGAACCGAUAUUUGACCCGUUCCAGCCACAAACGAGUCAAAGUUCAUAUAAAAAUGUUUUGGAGAAGUUUGACGAAUUUAGUUUGGUUGAUUCGAAAUCAAAUGAAACGUCAGAAGCAUUUGAAGUUGUGCACAGGACGCAGGAUUCCUUCACUCCUUUGGUUAAAGAGCCCGGGGACCCUUUCAGUCCCAUGCAAAAAGAAUCAUUUAUUUUAGACGAUACCAGUUCCCCUACUUCCGCUUGCCUUCUACCAUCACCUCUGCAGCCACAAACCAGUAAGCCCUUAUAGAGUCUCCCGCCUAGCAAAUUGUUUGUAUUUUUUAUGAAAUUAAUUGUAAUUAAGUUUCCAAUAGACUUAUUCUUGUUGUAAAUGUUAUUUAUUUUAUAGGUUAAUAUAUAGAGUAAGAAUAUCAAUUGUCAUUAUUGUGGUACCACUCGGAAGUGAUACAUAAAUAUUAUAUACAUAUACUUAAUACAAAUGUUACAAGUCAUCUGUAUGUACAUAUAUUUUUUUUUAAUUUUAUUUUAUGUUCAAAGGAAAUGUUUAUGGUAUGGUUAUUAAAAUUUUCUUUGUGAAA